AGGAGGCAGGCGCGGAUCGCAGUGGGCUCCUUCCCUCGCAGCCCCCCACCUCUCCCCCCCCGACCCUCGCUCCCCCCCCUUCCCGAUGCUCUCCGAUGCGGUUGCACCGCCGGGGAGGAGAGGAGGAGGAGGAGGAGGAAGGACAGCGAGGGGCUCGGGGGGAGCGGGGCCAUCCUGCGCGCUGCCGGCGGCGCAGAGCGGCGGGGCCGCGGGCGCGCAGCGAGCUCCAGCUCCGCGAGCGGAGGCUCAGAGGAUCCCCUGCUGACUCCAGGCAGAGGAAGGCAGAGGCACAGGCAGCUGCUGGAGGAACUGGGAGCCCCUCUCCCCACCGGGCUCCGGAGCCAUGAGCAGCGCCGUGAUCCUCGCCCACCUCCCCGACCCCAGCAGCAGCUUCAGGGAAGACGCUCCGCGACCCCCUGUCCCGGGGGAGGAAGGAGAAGCACCAUGCCUGCCGCUCGCCAGCUCGUUUCUCCCCAAAAGCCAAAGCUUCAAGGCCAUGCCGGUGCCUCCUGCCCCGCGCAGGAAUGAGAAUGGACUCGGGGAGCCGGAAGGCAGCGCGUCCCCAGACUCCCCUCUGGCCAGAUGGACCAAAUCCUUGCAUUCCUUGUUGGGAGAUCAAGAUGGUGCCUAUCUUUUUCGGACCUUUCUGGAAAGGGAAAAAUGUGUGGAUACCUUAGACUUCUGGUUUGCCUGCAAUGGCUUCAGGCAGAUGGACCUUAAGGAUACCAAAACUUUAAGAGUAGCCAAAGCUAUUUACAAAAGGUACAUCGAGAACAACAGCAUCGUCUCCAAGCAGCUCAAGCCUGCUACCAAGACCUACAUAAGGGAUAGCAUCAAGAAGCAGCAGAUAGAUUCUAUCAUGUUUGAUCAGGCACAGACUGAGAUUCAGACUGUGAUGGAGGAAAAUGCUUACCAGAUGUUUUUAACUUCUGAUAUAUACCUCGAAUAUGUAAGGAGUGGGGGAGAGAAUCCUGCUUACAUGAACAGCAAUGGACUGGGGAGCUUAAAAGUUGUCUGUGGCUAUCUCCCGACCUUGAAUGAAGAAGAAGAAUGGAGCUGUGCAGACUUUAAAAACAAAAUCUUGCCUUCGGUGGUUGGACUAUCCAGCAAGACACUGAGGGUUACAGCGAAUGUCAGAGCUACAGAGACGAUCGAGAACGGAUACAGGUCCUUCAAGAGGAACGAUCCCGUUAACCCAUACCACGUGAACUCUGGCUACGUUUUUGCCCCAGCGACCAGCGCCAACGAUAGCGAGAUAUCCAGCGAUGCCCUGACGGAUGACUCCAUGUCGAUGACCGACAGCAGCGUAGAUGGGAUCCCCCCGUACAGAAUUGGGAGCAAGAAGCAGCUCCAGAGGGAAAUGCAUCGGAGUGUCAAAGCCAACGGUCAAGUUUCUCUACCUCAUUUUCCGAGGACCCACCGUCUUCCCAAGGAGAUGACCCCGGUGGAGCCCGCUGCCUUCGCCGCAGAGCUCAUUUCCCGGCUGGAGAAGCUGAAGCAAGAGCAGGAAACCAUGGACAGUCUGGAGGAGAGGCUGCAGCAAAUCAAGGAGGAUGAGGAGAAGGAGGGCUCAGAGCUCCCCACCAGCCUGCAGAGCAGUCGGGAGAUGGUGAACCCACAGCACCAGCAGCACCCGCUGUCGCUCCUGUCCUCUGGCAGCUACGAGGAGGACCCCCAGGCCAUCCUGGACGAGCAUCUCUCUCGUGUGCUGAAGACCCCCGGUUGCCAGUCGCCUGGCAUGGGCCGGCACAGCCCCCGCUCCCGCUCCCCCGACCGCCUGCCGCUGGGCAAGCUGCAGCCCGGCGUGGCCUCGCCGGCAGCGUGCGCCUUGCUGGGUAAGGGGUUCAUCACCAAGCAGACCACCAAACACGUCCACCACCACUACAUCCACCACCACACCGUGCCCAAGACGAAGGAGCAGAUCGAAGCGGAGGCGGCUCAGCGGGUGCAGUGCUGCUGCCCAGCAGGCAGCGACUACUACUGCUACCCCAAGUGCAAGGGCCACCCGAAAAGCGCAGACCCUCCUCUGCCUCCCCUGGAGCCCUUUGCCAGGACGGGGACGGUGCAGAAGAGGCCGGGCCGAGGAGGGGAGAGCGUGGCCGUGGGGGACGCGGGGCUGCCGGGCCCUGGCGGGGUGCAGCUCCCGAGCGGCGAGGCGGACCGGGCACAGAACGUCUGGCAAUGGAUGCUGGAGAGCGAGAGACAAAAUAAGCACAAGCCCCACAGAACACAAAGCACAAAGAAGGCCUACGGCUCCGACUUCUCCAAGGGGCCCCCCGGCCGCCACCACCCGUGGGGCACCAGCAGCCACCCACGCGGGGCACAGCCCGCCCACCCCUUCGUCCAGGACCCUGCCAUGCCCCCGCUGCCCCCUCCCAACACGCUGGCCCAGCUGGAGGAAGCGUGCCGCCGCCUCGCCGAGGUCUCCAAGCCCCAGAAGCAACGAUGCUCAACCUCAAACCAGCAGAGGGACCGGAACCACUCCGCUGCCGUGCAGGGGGGAAACACCCCUUUCUGCAGUGCGAGCCUAGCGACAGAGGAUCACAAAGAGCCAAAGAAACUGCCAGUUCUUCACACCUCUCAGUCCAGUGAGUUGGUUGUCACCUAUUUUUUUUGUGGAGAAGAUGUUCCCUACAGGAGGAUGUUGAAGGCCCAGAGCCUGACACUGGGGCAAUUUAAGGAACAGCUGAGCAAAAAGGGAAAUUACAGAUACUACUUCAAAAAAGCAAGCGACGAGUUUGACUGCGGUGCGGUGUUUGAGGAGAUCUGGGAAGACGAAACCAUCCUGCCCAUGUACGAGGGGAGGAUCCUGGGGAAGGUGGAAAGGAUCGACUGAUGGCAUCUGCAUUUCUUCAGAAAGGGUCUUGGGACACACAACAGUAGUGGUGACAAGGAAAGAGGAAAAGAAAGAAACCAACCUCUGAAGGAAAGUUUGGAACCAAUGAAGAAGAAAAAAGAGGUGAAGUCUGUGAAGACUUUGCUGAAUUAGCCUUAGAGGGAAAAAAAUGGCAUUUAUUAUUCAUGAGCUGGGUACUGAGAUGAUAAAAAAACCCUGAACUAUUUAUUAAAAACAUGACCACUGUUGGCUAUUGGAGAUGCAGACUGUGUUUGAGAGACUUCCAUACAUAAUAUAUGAUUUCCUGGGGAUUUGAAAUCUAUGGACUAAGAGAAACUGUGUAUAGCUUACCUUAACAGUAAUCCCUAUUGAUAUUUAUUGAACAGUCUGUUUUCCCUUCAGUCCAGUUUUUUGGAUAUGCUGCUUUAACAAUGGAGAGGAGAGGGGCUGGGAAGGGGGGGAGGGCAGGAAGGACUAUUUUAUGGGUUUUUAUGUUGUUCCCACUAUCUAAAAUUGAGGAGUUUGGCUACAAACACCUGUGGGAUUUGCUUUUGUGAAGGGGAGAGGAGGGAAGGAGCGACGUCACACCCAGUAUUUCUCCAAGUGAAGAUAAAACUUUUCUACAGAAAUAAUAGUAGUAAUAAUAACAAAGGCCAAAAUAAAGAUGCUGUCCUGCCAUCCACCUAGAGACUGGUGCAUUAACCUAUGCUGCUCUAAUUUGAAAUAAAGGUCUUAAGCAUUAAAUAUGAUUGUUAGAUGCAAUGUAACAACAGCAACGUGUUAUUUUUUUGUCCAUGGAUUUCUGAGGUGAGGUGGUUUUGCUUUGCUGCUGCCAGAGGUGAGGGUACUACCCUAAAGCCUCUCUCUAUCCAGGCAAGGCAGAGCAAAACCCUGAGCCUGGGAAAGCUGUAGAAGAAGAAGCCAUCCACUUCCCAUGUCCAUACUUUGCACACCUAAAGGACAUAUUGCAAAAGACAGGUUAAAAAAGAAACCACCCCAAACCAGCAAAGCUGUGUGUAUGCCACAGAGGCAGUCAGCUAAUGCUCUUUAGCCAUUCUGCUUCAAUGUCAGCACCAGAGGGUUGUGGAGCCUGGUUCCUUGUGUGUGGUGAGGUUUAGUUUGGGUGUUUUAGAGCCUUCCCUUUACAACACCCAUGGAGCUGUGGGCUAAAGCUCUCUGCAGAGCUCCAUGUGCCUGUGUUUUGGGGGAACAGAGUGACCCUUUCCCCAGAGAGAAAGACCUUUUGCAUUUCUACAGUUGGGUUUUUGUGUUGAUUAAGUUAAUCUGUGUGUUCUGUUUGCCAUUGCUACUUUCUGUAAGUCAGUCUGUAUAUAUUGUAGAGAGAGAGAAAGAAAAAUGUAUGGUGAAAAUAUUAAUACACUAUCUCUAGUGUUUUUCCAAUGGAAUCAGUACAGUACCUGUGCCUGCAUGGUGUUACGAGCCCAUGCGUCGCCCUAUAUUCAGGGUUCAAGCUUUCCCUUGUUUGUUUAAGGGGUUUAUGUAUAAAUAUAUUUUAUGCCUUUUAUUACAAGUCCUGUACUCAUGACUUUUGCCAUGGCAUUUUGUUCUACUUAUACUGUAAAUUAUGCAUUAUAAAGAGUUUCAUUUAAAAGAAAACCCCACCAAUUCCUUGGUACAAUAAUUAUUGUAAUUAAGAGAUGUAGCCUUUAUUAAAAUUUUAUAUUUUUCAAAUGAA